AUGGCAUUUGGUGGCCGUUAUGUCAUUAUGAUGAUGUUACUCUUCUUAAUAUACACUGGUUUAAUCUACAAUGAGUUCUUCUCUAUACCAUACCCGUUGUUGCUCCCUCUGCCUAUGAUUGCCGUGAUGUCGCAUGCAGGUCCGGGACACUUACCCAUUUGGUCUAGAUCCAGUGUGGCAUGGUACCCGCAGCGAGGUGCCGUUUCUGAACUCACUGAAGAUGAAAAUAUCAAUCCUUCUUGGAGUUUCUCAAAUGAACCUCGGAAUCAUAAUGAGCUACUUCAAUGCAAUAUUCUUCAAAUCGGGUGUAAAUCAGUUGUAAUAUUUAAUUUUGGGGGCUUGCGGGUUCCAGUUCGUUCCCCAGAUGAUAUUCUUGUUUCUAUUCCGUGUAUGUUACUUCCAAAGCCACUCAUCUUGAAGAAACAACAUGAAGCUGUUUCUUUGCUGGUCGUCCUAAACGGUUUCCUUCUCCAUAGGCAUCAAGGCCAGUCAUACGCACCUCUUGACGAGACAGACGAGAGUCUUCAUGUGGAGACAAACGGAGGAUCCCACGGACACGAGGAGUUUGAAUUCAGCACCAUAGAGUUUGUGCUUGGAGCUGUUUCCAACACCGCUUCUUACCUUCGUCUAUGGGCUCUCAGUCUUGCUCACUCAGAGCUAUCAUCAGUCUUCUAUGAGAAGGUCCUCCUCCUCGCAUGGGGUUACAACAAUAUACUGAUCCUCAUCGUUGGGAUCAUCGUAUUCGUGUUCCCAACCGUGGGAAUGUUGCUGGUGAUGGAGACGCUAAGCGCGUUCCUUCACGCGCUGCGUCUCCUCUAG